GUCAACAUGAAGCAAUUCAAAAUUUUAAGAAACUUAACAAUUUUCUUUUGUAUUUUUAUAAAAAUCAUGGAAAGUAAGCCGGUGGACAAAUGGUAUAAAGAAAAUGAUUUUUCACCAUUUUUCAUAGAGACAGAAAUAAAGUACAAUUGGUUUGAGGCCUGGAAUGAAUGCUCAGCCAAAAAUAUGUCCUUAGUAGCUGUGGAUACCAAAGAGAAAAAUGCCGCUUUGGUGAAGAUUUUAAGCACAAAAUUUGAUAAACACUCCAACAUUUGGAUUGGUGGCAAUGAUUUAAGCGAUAAUGGUUCAUUUAUUUGGUACCCAACGGGCAAACGUUUUGAAUUCACUAACUGGAGCGAAGGCAAUCCAGAUCAUUACACGAAUCUGGAACAUUGUGUGCACUAUUUCGAUCGUACUGAAUAUGAGUGGAACGAUGCGAAUUGUAUGCAAAAAAUGGGUUUUAUCUGUGAAGAAAAUCGUUUCAUGCUUGAAAUGCGCAAAAAUUUAGCUAUAAAAAAGAAUUUUAUCGAUCAAUUGUUUUUACUUUGAA